GAGGCAGCAGGGGAAACAGCUGACAGUGAACAACAACACAGGAGUCAGCUCCUGCAGGUGCUGCUGUGAGAGAGGGGAUCUGCUGCCACGUUCAUGCUGCAACAACCUGUAGCUCCUCUUGCAGGAGGACCGCGCUGCGAGCUGAUCCACUGAGGAAGAGGAGGGAGACGAGGAGGAGCAGGAGGAGGAGGACGCGCGGAGCUCCGUCGUCCAUCCCCGGCCAGCCCCGCACGAUGGCCCCGUCUCUGAUCCGCGCCUGCCGCAGUCUGGCUCUCUCGACGUGGCUGCUCUCCUUCUGCUUCGUCCACCUGCUGUGUCUGGACUUCACGGUGGCGGAGAAGGAGGAGUGGUACACGGCCUUCGUCAACAUCACCUACCUGGACCCCGUCACCGCGGAGGUGAGGACGGAGAAGACCGAGUGCGGUCGCUACGGCGAGCACUCGCCCAAGAAGGAAGCCCGGGGUCUGGUGCUGCUGCCGAGCCCCCUGCAGGACAGACAGGCGUGCGACCCCCACGUCAGGUUCCCCCCCGUGGCUCACAACACCGCAUGGGUGGCGCUGGUGGCUGCGGGGAACUGUACCUACAGGGACAAGAUCCGGAACGUCGCCAACCUCAACGCCUCUGCAGUUGUCAUAUACAACGUGGGCUCCAGCAACCCCAACGAAACCAUAACAAUGCCCCAUCCAGGUACAGGUGAUGUUGUCGCCAUCAUGAUCCCAGAGCCUAAAGGUCGUGAGUUGAUUCACUUGCUGGAUCGGGGCACCAAGGUCAGGCUGCAAAUCAGCAUUGGAACCCGCAACCUGCAGAAGUACGUGAGCAGAACGUCGGUGGUGUUCGUCUCCAUCUCCUUCAUCGUGCUCAUGAUCAUCUCCCUCGCGUGGCUCGUCUUCUACUACAUCCAGAGGUUCCGCUACGCCAACGCACGGGACCGCAACCAGAGACGACUUGGAGAUGCUGCCAAAAAAGCCAUCAGCAAGCUUCAAGUGCGCACCAUUAGGAAAGGAGACGAGGAGACUGAGUCAGACUUUGACAACUGUGCAGUUUGCAUUGAAGGUUAUAAACCUAACGAUGUUGUGAGGGUAUUACCGUGCAGGCAUGUUUUCCAUAAACACUGUGUGGAUCCGUGGCUGCUGGACCACCGGACAUGUCCCAUGUGUAAAAUGAACAUCCUCAAAGCCUUAGGAGUUACCCUCAACGCAGACUGCUUAGAUGAGAUUCCUGCAGACUACGAGAUGUCUGUCGGAGGUCCAUCCAACAACCCCAUCAGCGGGGCGAGUGAGAUCACAGUGAACGAGAGCUCGGUGGUGCUGGACCCCGGCGACAGAGGGAUGGGUCUCCAGCACCUCCAACAUGACGCAGAGACGGCGCUUCAGGCGGGAGAGAGCCACCUCAUGGCCAGCAGUGAGCACCAGCCUCCGCUCAGCUGUGAUUCUGACACAUCUGUCAUCAUGGGCCUGGAGGUGGGUUUGUCUGAGAUAGAGCUGUCAGCAGAGCAAGAAUGUGACGAGGGAAAGUCCUGAUUCGGUCGGAGCAGAGAGGAAAAAAGGAUGAUGAGAGCAGAACAGAGUGAUCGGGGGGGGGGGGAGGGGCUCCCACAGAUCUGAUGGGUCUCUGGCUCCCUGGAGGAGGUGAUCUCAUGGAAGACGCUGAAAAUGAGCAAUACAACCCGUAGCGGCACAGAAACACCCUGCUCUGUGUGUUCCACCUGAGAAACAGACUCGUCCCCGUGUCUGCAGACUUGUUGCUUGCUCGUUCUCUUGCCGUCACGUGUUUUGUGGGUGAACGCAGCUCCCAUAUAUUGUGGCGGUCUAGUUACUCUCCAUGUAAACUUUUUCACAUCUUAGCAUCAAAGAUUCUCACACACACACACGCAGUCCUUGAGAUGUCCGUGGCCUUCCCAGCGCUGAGAAGUCAAAAUGUGUUUCUCCUCACUCUGCCUGCUGCUGGACACGGUGUGAGGAACAGAGUGGCUCUUUAACACCCGACUGCAGCUUUAAUUAUGUAAAGAGAUGUAUGUGCAGAUUAUUCGAUUUCUUGCCUAUGAGAUCACUGCCAACCUAUUCCACGAGUUUUACUGACGUGAUGGAGACACGGCACUUUAUCGAAGUCUCAGUUGGCGUGAAACCAGCAUUUUUUUCAGCGUCAGACUUGGGGUAACGUGUUAUUAUCUCCCUGAAACCUUGAAGCGCAGGUUUUCAGGUUCAGGAGGCCAUGUAGCACGAAUGGGGUUUAAAACACCUAUUGCACACACACACGUUAUGCUGCAAUUUCUAAACGUAACUGUUUCUGUCAUUGUUGUGUCGAGACCUUCAUUUUUUUAAACUGAGUAUUCCUGCUGCUGAGAGGAAACAACCAAACACAAUAGAUUAUUUCUCUCGUCCGACAAUCAUAGUUUGCCACGAGCAGUUUGAAGUGAUGUCACCCACUGCCCUACUGAAACUGCUGCGGAUUCACAAGCCACCAACACAUGGUGUCGGCCUCCUGGGCCAGGAAGGUGAUGUUUCACACUCACGCUGCUGCUGAGGACGGCUGCGGCUGUCACCACCAAAUUCUGGCAGUGUGUACAUACGAGCCAGCCAAUAUACUUAUGUCAACAAGUCUGUGCCAAGUUAAUCAGUGGUGUUCUUAACGUAGCUGUAGUCUGUGUACAUGUGAUUCCCUUGGCUGUCAAUGGAGUCUGAGAGACGCUUAUCUGUGAAUGAAAUGAAAGUGAAGAAAUAACAGGAGCACAAGGAAUCUGAAUAUCACAAAAGACUCUGCUCGGUUAAAAAAAGAGGGACUUUUUUAAUUUGAAAUAGUCAAAGGUUUAAUUGGAAGGAAUUAAAGCUCUAUUGCAUUUUAUGGCAUGAAUAGAUUGCAGCAUGAAAGUGUUUACAGUUUUUAAAAAUGUGACUACAUCUACAAUAGGCUUGCGAAUAUCUGAAAACGAAAAGCAUGCCCCCUGGUGUUUGUGAAGUCUUCAGAAACAGCCCCAGACUGAAACACUGGAACUGUAGAAGGUAAAGGAUUUAUCAUGCUGCAUUUUUUACAUUUUUUUUUGUCCUGCAUCACAGCCGACAUCUUGUCUGGUUUCUCUGCUGAGUCUCAGCUGAUUAUUAUUUUCCCUCCUGUUCUCUGUGACCACAUAUACUGAAUUAUUACUAUAAUCAAAUUCACAUGUUUGUUAUUCUCAACUUAUUUUAUUAUGCUCCUCGUGUCAAUAAUUGAGUUGAUAUGCAUUUUGAAUCUUGGUCCUCUUGGUGUUGAUUUAUUCUCAACUUGUGUCCCAAUUUCAUUUAACAAUCCCAUUAUCUUUGCAAAGGAGGCUUGUGUCUAUUUAUCUGUCAGGAUUUGACUAAACUGUACCGAUUAGCACCGAUUGGGAGGGGGGGGGGGGGUCAUGGGCCACGGAAGAACCCAUUCAUUUUUGUCCUGGAACCAGGAUUUUCUUUUAAUUAGUUUACCCGACAUUGUUGGAUAAGACGGAAUUUCUCAGGAAAUAAUCUGCGGAUAUAAGAAAGAAAAACAAAAUGUUAUUGGAGUUGAAGAGCAGAUCAAGAGAAUAAUCCUGAUCUGACUGACAUGUGUAGAAAGAAGUUUGCUCUCUACUGAAACAAUUGCUUAUAACCAUAGUAACAAGCAUAUUUUUAGUGUAAUAACACAGUGAAACGCAAAAAAAAAACAAGUAUACUUAAAAAGACAAAACUCAGACUAUAAAAAAGCACUUGAUUGUGUUGAGUGGCCCCAUUAGACCUGUCCAGCACCUAUGUUGUUCCAAUGAAAGAUGCACGUACACCUAUGGGUGUGCUGGUCUUCAAAACAUGGUCAGGGUCACUGUCAGGGGACAAAUGCUAUUUCCAAACAGUGGUAAGAAGUUGCAUUUGCACAGAAACCUGGUCUGAAGUCAGUGGUGCAGUAUUUCAUUGUUAUUUUAAGACACACUCUCCUCCCCACCAGAUGGUUCGCUCAUUUGCAAAGUCUAUGAAGAGCAUUCUGAUUGGUCUGUUCCUCGUCAAACCCAAAACACACACAUUGUUAAAUAAAGUACAACAAGCCUGCGUCUGCUGCAGGGAAUUUUUUUCCACUGUUGAAACUCACAUAUGAGUGGAAAGUUGAAAACGCCCUAAAUGCAUAUGCGCAAGCCCAUGUGCUUAGAUUGUUAAAAAAGAGACUAAGACCAUGUGCUUAAAAAAGAGUGCUGACUGUUAUAACAUAUACAAUCUGCUGCAGUUUUUUCUUAUUUAGGAUAAUUCUUCUUCUUCUCAUUGUUCUGUUACCGUCUGGACUGUCUCCUCUCACAUUCCUGGAGACUCGCUCACUAAAGAAGCACAGCCGCACUGACUCCUUCGAUGGAGCCAGUGGAAUUUGACUGUUGUUUUUUUUUUUUUGUCCUCCAGUCACUGUUUCCAUUAUGUUCUGGAGCAACCUGGGACUCUGUUACAUAACACACACAUGUCCACACAUUCCCAUGGCUUGGGUUAAUCACAGAAGUGAGGGAUCAUGGGAAAUCCUGGCAAAUGCUUCGCUGUUUUAUAAAAGCUUUGUUAUGAGUCGGGUAUAUUUUGAUGGUUUUUUUUGGAUGGGGGGGGUCUGUGAGCCUCUGUUCUUUGUUCAAGUCACUUGAAACCCAUGGACAACACAUUGUAGAUAUUAUUAGUUCAUACGGGAUUCACUAUCUGCAGAUCAUUCUCUGAGGAAAAAACCUUAGACUGUUAAAAAAAAUUGGACGACAUGUCUCCACUUCUUCCCACUAUCCAGAAAUGAUGCCAAAUAUUCAGAAUAAGAGCACUGCCAUUUUUUGCCUGAGUGCGAUAUACGCUAUCAGCCAAUCAGGAGUCAGUUUCAGCUGUCAAUAAUGACAUUUCCCCCGUUUUUAUAGCAUCAAAUACCAUGUGAAAGGCAAAACUUAAAAUGACAGAAACCAUCUUUGAGGAAAAUGUUCUUUGAGUUUUUAAUUUGGUCCAUGUUCCAUUCACCAACAAGGAGGAAGUGGAGUUUACGAGCUGUACUGCAACCAGCCACCAGGAGGCGAUUGAGAAGAAUUGGCUUCACUUUUGUCGGCCAUCUUUAUGUACAGCCCAUGGAAAGCGCUUGACAGGCUUUCAUGACCUCCCUUUAUUUUGUUUAGUUGUAAGCACGUAUAACGAGCGGCUCAACAUGUAAACCACGAUUUCACCAUGACUGAAAUUUAUUACAGUUUCUGAGGGAGGGGUCCAAGGCUAAAGGUGCGUUCAGGAGGCGUGGGAAUGACAGGGACUGCAGGUGGAGCAUACACCAAUAUUUAUUUAUAUAUAUAUAUAUAUAUAUAUAUAUAUAAUAACAAUAACUGUCACAUCAUUAUUUCUUUCAAGUUUAAAAACAGUUUUUUGCUCCGGAGUGAAGGUUGUGAUUUUUAUGUAAGAAUUCAUAAAUGGACAUUUUUAUUUAUCUUGAGCUAUACCCUUUCUUUUGUGGAAAGGAAAGUGGACAUUGAGGGAUGUAUUCCAGUUUGACCUUAAUCUGGAAUCUUUACAUCUCGGUAUGUAGCGUCAGCUCACAUGGUAAUGAAAUAGCACAAUACAUAAGAUAAACCACAAACACCCAACAGCAUCAUAAUCUGCUGCUCUCCCCGUCUCACUUGUCCGUGGGUCUUCUCUCCUCGUCUCACUUUAACAGUCUCUCCAUCCGAUCAUUUGUUUGGUUGGAUUAACAUCAAGACAAAGUGAAGCACAUUCAUUUUCAGUGCCAGAUCUCUCAGUUCUGGCCGCAUAGCAGGAUGAAAUCAGUUUGUCUAAAACAGGAUUAAGGCCUUGUGGUUUUUUCCAGAUGGACUGAGACACGAUGGAUUAAUCUAUAGCGCCAUCUCUCCGUUUAUUAAACCUCCCUGAGGAAGAAAUAGAAAUCAAGAAGAAGUAGAGUCUGCUCCAUAUAAUGAGAUUUAGUGCGCUCAAGAAAACAAGAUUGUUGUCCUGAAUUGUACCUGUGACAUUGCACAACACUUAUUUUUAUAUGUUUCCCAAUUAAUUCAAACUGGUUUCAUGAAAAGAAUGUUGUAAUUUAACUGUGGGGGAAAUUGUCCUUAAGAGAAAACUGUAAUUUUAUCAAAAGUAUUCAUAGAUUACUGAAAACCUUAUUUGCCUCAUUUGCUAAUUUGAUUUAUGUCCUGUAUUAUCUUAUUUGACAGGGACGCUUCUCACUCAUUAAAAGAAGAAUAUCUCGUUAACUAGCAACUACAAAUAUUAAAGACUUAAUAUUGAAUGGAAAACUUCUUGCAAGUUGACAAAUUAAUUAAAAUAACAUGUACAAUUUCUUAGAACCUAGAUUUCCCUCUAAUGUUUAUAAUUUUACAUAGAUGUUUCCAGUAUCGAUUGUCUUUAAAACUUAUUUAUAAAUACUUGGACCGGAUGGACCUGUAUAGUUCAGCAUUACACAUCUUUUUUUUUAAUUAUUAUUAUAAUUGUUGUCGUUUGUUGUUGUUGGUCUCCUGACACAUUUCUUCUCAUUGUGUAAACCUUCGUAUAUUGCACUUUAUCCCUCCAGUGAACAGGGACUGGCUCAAAUGAAUGACUUGAGAACUUCUUAAGAAAGAGGGCUACAGUAUUGAACAUGUCACAUGAGUCAAUUGUUGCUCAUUGUAAUAUAUUAUAAUCUUUUAUCUGUACUUUUGUGAGUGUGAGUGUGUGUGUGUGGUGGGGGGUUGCGGGGUACCAAUAUAUUGUGACUAUACCCAGCAGAAGUAACAGCAUUGCUAUUUUGUAAUAUAAAAACAAUGAUAUGUACUAUUAGAGGGGUCUCUCAUUUUCUUGUAACAUGAUGCACGUGUUGGAAUGUGUAUGAUUUUGACAUUUAAUAAAUUUUACUCAGAUUUUUCCAA